AUGUUGGACAUCGACAGCAAGAUGAAUGGCGAGAAGUCGGCCACCGAGCACAUCGACGCCACCGAGAAGGCUUCCGACGAUGUCAACCUUAACAGCAAUAUCGAGGCCAAGAUCAAGAACCCGCUUGCCGGUAUCCCCAAAGAGACGCUUCUCUACCAGGUCGAAGAAUUUGCCAAAGAACAUGACAUGACCGACAGGCUCGCCCUGCUGCAGCGCGGCGCGCUCGUAGCUCAGGACCCGGCCGAAUUCGAAUCCGUGGAGGGCAUGUCCUCGGACGAGCUCGAAGCUCUUCGCAACGAGGUGACGCACAAGUGGCGCCAGCCGAAGGCUCUGUACUUCACUGUCAUCCUCUGUUCUGUUGGGGCGGCUGUCCAAGGCUGGGAUCAGACGGGCUCCAACGGCGCCAACCUCUCGUUCCCGGUAGCCUUUGGCAUUUCUGAUGCCGAGUACCUGGACGAUGCUGAGACGAUUCCAAACCCCGACUACGCCACCAACCUCUGGUUGGUCGGUAUCAUUAACGCCGCACCAUACCUAGCGUCGGCGUUCUUGGGCUGUUGGUUGAGUGACCCGCUCAACAACUACUUCGGUCGUCGUGGUACCAUCUUCUUCUCGGCGAUUUUCUGUUUCCUUUCUGUCAUCGGCUCCGGCUGCUCUCAAACCUGGCCUCAGCUGUUCGUCACUCGUCUGCUCCUGGGUAUUGGCAUGGGGUCCAAGGCCUCGACCGUUCCAAUCUAUGCCGCGGAGAAUGUGCCCGCCGCCAUCCGUGGCGGUCUCGUCAUGUCUUGGCAGAUGUGGACUGCGUUCGGUAUCUUCCUCGGCUUCUGCGCAAAUCUGGCGGUCUACAAUACCGGCGCCAUUGCCUGGCGUCUGCAGUUGGGCAGCGCCUUCAUCCCUGCGGUGCCACUCGUUGUCGGCAUUUACUUCUGCCCCGAGUCUCCUCGUUGGCUGAUGAAGAAGGGCCGCUAUGCUAAAGCGUAUCAGAGCCUGUGCCGCCUGCGUAAUACUCCUCUCCAGGCCGCCCGCGACCUCUACUACGUGCAUGCCCAGCUGUCGGUCGAGUCCGAUAUCAUCGGCAAGUCCAACUACGUCACCCGCUUCAUUGAGCUCUUCACCAUCCCACGCGUCCGCCGCGCUACGCUCGCCUCGUUUGUCGUCAUGCUUGCCCAGCAGAUGUGCGGUAUCAACAUUAUUGCUUUCUACAGUUCCACGGUCUUUAAAGCUGCUGGGGCCAGCCGCUUGGAGGCUCUUCUCGCCUCCUGGGGCUUCGGCCUAACCAACUUUGUUUUUGCCUUCCCGGCCCUAUGGACGAUUGAUACUUUCGGCAGACGUAACCUGCUGCUGUUCACAUUCCCGCAGAUGGCGUGGACGCUGCUCGCGGCUGGCCUGUGCUUCCUGAUUCCGGCCAGCAGCCCAGCGCACCUAGGCCUAGUAGCAAUGUUCGUUUUUCUCUUUGCCGCGUUCUACUCGCCUGGAGAAGGCCCGGUGCCAUUCACGUACUCGGCGGAGGUCUUCCCCUUGUCCCACCGUGAGGUUGGCAUGUCCUGGGCCGUCGCAACCUGCCUCUUCUGGGCCGCCAUCCUGUCAAUCACCUUCCCGCGCAUGCUCGCCGUCAUGUCCGUCACCGGUGCCUUCGGCUUCUACGCCGGCCUCAACCUCACAGCGCUUGUCAUGAUAUUCCUGUGGGUACCUGAGACCAAGCAACGCACGCUGGAAGAGCUCGAUUACGUCUUCGGCGUUCCAACCCGCAAGCACAUGAGCUACCAGAUUACCAAGACUCUGCCAUACUUCAUCAAGCGCUGGGUCCUGCUCAACAAGAACGCCACGCUUGAGCCCUUGUACCAAUUCGACGCGCACUUGGCUAGCGAUCAGGCAAGGAGCAAGAGCGUGAGCAACUAG